AUGAAGUGCGAUGGGAACGAAACGCACACAAGUAUAUUAAGAUCAAGAAAAUUCCAUCCACUCGGUGGAUCUCCUCUUCCACAAGCAAAGUAAGUCUGAGUUAUUUCUUCACUGUAAACAUUUGUAUGUUCGAUAGACCGAAUGCGUUGCCCGUAAUCUUUAUUUCUAUGACACGCCUACCUAAUUAAUUAAUAUGGAAGUGUUAAGCUCUACUUAUAAAACCCCCAUUAAAAUAACUCUAUUACAGGAAUUUCUGGGCUCCAUUUUCUUAGUGGGACUACAUAUUCAAUACUUACCGCAGUAGUUUUAUAAAACGAAAAAUCACUUCGAGAUUCACCAACAUAUACGAAGGCUUGUAAAUUUUUAAUUUCAGAUGGGAUGUCGUUGGUUUUAUAAGGAAAGUAUGACGAUGAGUUGAGUAAAAAUUACCAGCUAUGAUACUCGGACAGCGGUUUGACAGGUAGAGUCCAGUGAAGUCGAAUAGAGGAUGCUGAAUGCCGAUGGCUUUAAGUUAUGCUAAAGGAGGUCUGCGUGGUGCCCUGUCGACGGCUAUAUUACAAUCGAAAUAAAUGAAUACCACUGACGGCUAUUCAUUACGCGGUGAAGUGACAGUAUUAAGAUAGGCUAAGAGGCAAGUUAUAUGAGAUCGUUGAGGUAAAAAGUUGUAUCGAGUAGAGCUUGGAAAUUGACUAGCCUGACUGAAGUCAAGAACUGGUCUUUAAAUUAUCUUUUCGAGAUGUUUCGUCGGAGACAGCGUUUUAUCCGUGCUUAGUAUCAAUUAACGUCUGACCGAUAUCCUGACCUGGAGAGUGGAUGGAUAUUAAAUGCCCUCCAUGUUUCAGGGAAGGAUCUACGCGAAAGUCAGACAGAGAACGUAUGGCUAUGCAGCCAGAGGUAGUCUGACAUCUUGCUAACUGGGUUUAAAACGUGUCCCAUGUCGAUGAGUGUGAGUUUUAAAAGGCUUAUUUGAUCCUGAACUAGUUUACAGGAUACAUCAGUAGUAUGGAGACCAUUAUGUGAACGCGGACAAAAGGAGGGAAUUAGUUAAGACUAAGUAGUAAAGUGCUUUGCAAAGAAAGUUCCUAACAAUCCCGCUUUGUCAAUGUCACCGAUGAGGGGUUUUUAUCUUGAUUCAACAAAGGGUGAGUGCUGUGACCACGCCUAGAUGUGUGCGACGAAUUUCUCAAGGUUAGGAUCCCUGGUUACAAGUGAUUCUCUCUGCCCAUUACGCGCAUAGCGAACCUUUAAGGUUAAUUUGAAAACUUCUGUGAUUAUUAGUCGAUUGAAUAUAUUCAAUCGACUAACGAACUAGUGUGCUGAGAGGACAGCUGGUUUUUCAACUUUUUCGUCUAUUAGAAAGCAAGUGAGGAACAGUGAAGUUAAAGAAAUUUCAUAAACUUCUGCAUUAUGAGGUUUAACAUGCCUUUGGAAACAACUGACCAGAAGCAACAAAGAAUUGCUAUAUCCUUAUUAGAGAGAAAGCCGUACCAGCGGAGUAAGUGGCCCAUGACGUCGUAUUUUUGAAAAGACAAGCAGAAAGUAACAAUAAAUUAAUAUACUGCCGCUUUCGAGCCCCAACAGUUAUACCUGAAAUUAAAACCGUCGGUGUGUUGCUAAAAGGUUUGUUGCCUUAUACGCCAUUCACUUUUGCACGUUAGGAUAAUGGAUAGCAGCCCUGUUCUUUGGCAAUACUGCACCAGUUUACUGGAGUUAGUUUCUUUCAUAAUUUCAUCGGCUGCGGUAGACAUAUCAUAACGCAUAUAAAACAAUGCCGAUUGAUCAGCGUAUUGCGGCAGCCACGUUUAGGCAUCUAAUGUAAGCAGUUUUGGCAAAUUUAUGUCCCCAAAGACGUUUAAUCUACAUAGAUGUAGGCGCGGCAUAAUAAAACUUGAAUGCGUCGUGCUAACACUACAAGAGGCUGGCUUACGUUUGUGUCCUAAAGCAUGCCAGUUCUUAAACAAUAGACUGACCUUCGUAGGGCACAUGAUUAGCACAGCUAGCGUUUUCGGGAAUUAGGCUAAAGUUGUGGCUGUCAUGCUUUGGUCCAUAACUCAAUCAGCGUGGAAGUUAAGAAUUUCAUAGGAUUAGCAAAAACUCCCAACACUUUGUUCUCCAUUUCGUGGAGUUUAACCAUCCAUUACGCAGACUCACAGAGAUAGGAUGACAGCCAAAAUAGACCGAUGAUUGUCAGUCUGCACUUGACAAAUAAAAUUGUCGGAUCUUAGUGGCCCCCUCGCUCGGUACACUGGACAGAAAAAAAAGUUGAUGCUACUAAGCCACCAGCGCCGUCUUCUGUUACGGUCGGUUGCCCCUCGGAUUGUCUAAAAGGGAAGGAAUAUUCCAGUCUGUCAGUGUGAGCGGACUCACCAUACCAGUCUGGCGAGUGGGGCGGCGGGGAGGAGGAGGGGGAAGAGAGAUUGUGUUGGUUCUGAUUCGGUUGUUGCAACCGUGAGUUUUGCGUCUGAGGACAUGGUCAGCCUGCAAACGGCGUGGGUGCCCAGCAUUUUUUCAGGGCACCUUUUCUAGCACCUUCGCCCUCGCGGGGGUGAACAGUGUUCUCCCUAAAUAGGGCUGACCAGUUGUCCCAGCCGGCUGCUGAACUCCAUUAUGUGUCAUGGCUUUUGCUUAGUGGAAGAACGACCCGAGUUAGCCUGGGCCUGCCUAUAACAUUGCCGUAGGACUUAAAAGGGGGAGGGGGAAGAGGAAAGGUAGAGGUACGGGAAGCAGAGAUUUCCCGUCCAUCUCCAAGCAAACUGGUUGCUGAACUAUAUAAGCGGUGAGCAAACAGAUUCAAAAGAACAGCAUUUAGCUUACAAUAAGGACAAACACAAACAAGCAUACCAAAGCAAGUAGACGAGAACAGCAAAAAGCAAAGGCAACAGCGAAAAUCCAACAGAACGGUAUUUAGUUUUCAACAGGAACAAACACAAACAAGCUGAUGAAUAGCAAUCCAGCGGAGAAAUGUUUGCUUACCUGGGAAGCAGUUACCUUGUGGCCUCCUGCGGUGUUACAGAUGGAGUCUCCUCUCGGAGAUGCCGAAGUGGUAGUCCAUCCGGCCGGCGGAGCCGAGUUACCGCGUGCGGAGAUGCACACACGGAUACCCUCGCCUGGUUUAGCCUGCCGAUCGAGGCAGUUACCGGCGUGUGGCCAGCAGGCAGAGCCUAGCUUCGGGGAGCCACAUGCGAAGGUUGGGUGCCAGUAAAUGGACGCUAGGCGUAGUCUACACCUGCGAGUAAGUGAGCGACCUACUACGACCGCCACGUGAACCCAUAACUGGACACCGUAUGGGUAGAAGAUCCCAGACAUCGCUUAUCAAGUUGCUUUCGACAUUGGCUGCACAUUCAAUGUGGUUCAUUAAAGGGGUUCCAAAACGACACAUCUAUUCUCUACGUAGCGUUGCCAUAACCGAGGCAAUAGCUUGUUGACACAGAGGCGCAGCUUCUGCCCGCACGUUGAAACAGUCGACUAGGAGGAUGGGGAUGUACAGUGAAGGAGGAGACACGAUCGCUGGGACAAGAGCGUUAUUCGCCUGACGUUUCAGAUUCCUGCUCGAACCCAUCAUCAGGGACAAAAGCUGAUACGGGUAGUUCAUGCGCAAGGGGCUGCAGUAUUUAUAGGAUGUAGUCGCCAUGCCACCAUGGCUCCCCCCCGUCCACCAUGGGUCGUUGCACUCGGUGUGAUGAUUGUUUGAUGGUCGAUAUUCCGCCGUUAUUUGCCGCGGGUGAAUGUUAGUGUGAUGAUUGCUCGACCAUCUGACCAACCGACCCUGGCGUUGGGACCAGUGUUCACUUGUGUGCUCCAAGUGAUGAAAUUGCAGAAAUUAACGGCGCGAAUAUCGACUAUCAAACAAUCAUCCCACCGAGUGCAACGAUCCAUGGUGAAGGGGGAGCCACGGUGGCAUGGCGACUACAUCCUAUAAAUGCUGCAGCCCCUUGUGCAUGAACCACCCUUAUCUGCUUUUGUCUCUGAUGAUGGGCUCGAGCAGGAAUCCGAAACGUCAGACUAAUAAAGCUCUUGUCCCAGCGAUCGUGUCUCCUUCUUCACGGCUGCUUUCUGAGACUCCUCUCUUCGUUUCUAUUGUACAGUAGAUUUGCUAACUCAUUAAAUGUUAACCGAAGUUCUGAAAUACGUUUUUGGCUCGAAAAGAUUACUCAAGUAGGGUUGUAAUAUUACUUACCAUGCCGCAUAAUCCCAAGGUAAUUCAAUUACUUCAGGAUGGCAGCUUUUGAAUGAACUUCUUCUCAGCCGUCUGCAGAAACUACACCCUCUAAAAUGACUACUUUACUAGUGUGGAUUUUUCCCACUGGUUUUUGAUGUCCUUAUAAAUUCAAAUAUAUUCCACAGAAAUCGUACAUAAAAAUAUUCAUUCUUUUACUUAUUUAGUAGAAAAUAAUGUCUUAUUCAAACUGUAUACUUCGUGGGAGGGUUAACUUCAAUUUUAAAAGAAGUUUCUGAUUAUGAAAUUUUUCAAGGUCGCGAGAUGCCCGUUCAACACAAUCUCUCUUCCCCCUCCUCCUCCCCGCUGUCCCACUCGCCAGCCUGGUAUGAUGAAUCCGCUCACUCUGGCAGCCUAGAAUAUUCGUUCCCUUUUAAACAAUCCACGGAGCAACCGACCGUAACGGAAGACGGCGCUACUGGCUCGGGAACUGGAGCGCUACAAGGUGGAUAUCGCCGCACUCAGCUAGAUCCUGUUCUCCGAACAAAGCCAAUUGGAGGAGGUUGGUGCCGGCUACCCCCUCUUCUAGAGCGGUCGCCCCGAGGCAGAGCGACGAGACGUGUUCCUUGCCCUUGUCAUCAGGAACGACAGCGUGGGACGACUGCCCUGUCUGCCGCAGGAUACCAACGAACGCCUGAUAAGCCUCCGCCUGCCGCUCCGGGGAGGCAAAUUCGCCACUCUCAUCAGCGUCUACGCCCCCCGAUGACCAGCCCCGACGCCGCAAGGGACAAAUUCUACGAGGACCUGCAGUCCCUCCUGGUGUCUGUGUCGAAGGCGGAUUCGCUGAUUGUGUUUGUUGACUUCAACGCCCACGUCGGCAAAGACCAUGCUGUCUGGAGAUUAGUUCUGGGUCCCCAUGUUCUCAACGGCUCUAAUGACAAUGGCUUUCUCCUCCUACGAACCUGCAGCGAGCACCGUCUCAUCCUGACCAACACCUACUUUCGCCUCCCGAUGCAAGAGAAGGCCACCUGGAUGCACCCUCGGUCACAAUACUGGCACCUGCUGGACUAUGUCCUCGUCUGGAGGCGAGACCAGCUGGACGUGAUGGUGACAAAGGCGAUUCCAACCGACCCUCGUCUCGUCAUCUCCGAAAUGCGGAUUCGCCUAUAGACUCACAGGAGUCCUCAGGGCAAGUGCCUCUCAGGUAAGCUGAAUAUUGCUCUGUUGUCUUUGCCUGCGCAUCAUCUCUAUUUCAGCUCAACGGCUAGCCAACCUUCCAGUCGCUGUCGUCGCCGUCGCUGACGAGCACGCCUCCGUUGAGAACCGAUGGUGUCAACUGCGAGACACAGUCCAGUUGACGGCGCUGGCCUUACUCCGUCGCGCAAGUCGCCAACAUCAGGACCUGUUCGAUGACAGCGACACCGCCAUCAGCAACCAGCUCGCCGAGAAGAACUGUCUGCACAAAACCUACUUCACUCGCCCCACCGACGACAACAAAGCUGCCUUUUGCCGUAGUCGCAGCCUUGUGCAACAGCGACUGUGCGAGAUGCAUGAUGAUUGGACGGAUCGCGAGGCCGAGGAGAUCCAAGGGUACGCUCAUCGCAACGAAUGGAAGAAUUCCUUCUCCGCUAUCAAGGCUGUCGCCGGUCCGCCAACCAAAGCAACUGCUUUGCUUCUCAGCGCCGACAGCAGAAAACUACUCACCGAGAGGACACCGAUCAUACAGCGUUGGGCCGAGCAUUUCAGAGGCUUCUUCAACCGGCGUCCAUCUCCGGUGCUGCCAUCGCCCGCCUGCCUCAAGUGAAGACCAACGCCGACCUCGACUUCCCGCUCUAUCUCCAUGAAACUAUCAGGGCCAUAAAGCAGCUCUUCAGCGGGAAAGCGCCCGGAUCGGACGCGACCACUGUUGAGAUGUACAAGCACGGAGACUCCCAACUCAUGGAUCAUCUGACGGCGCCCUUCCAGGAGAUGUGGCGUCAAGGAGAAGUUCCUCAGGAUUUCGAAAACGCCACAAUCGUCCAUAACUACAAGCGCAAAGGGAAUGGCCAAAUCUGCGACAACCAUUGAAACAUCUCCUUAUUGAACAUCGCCGGAAAGAUCACCGAUCGCAUCCUUCUCAAUCACCAUCUGGAACAAGGUCUCCUGCCGGAAAGCCAAUACGGCUUCCGUCGUCGUCGUCGUCGUCGUCGUCGUCGUCGUGGGCCCACGGACAUAAUCUUCGCCGCCUGCCAACUGCAGGAGAAGUGUCAGGAGAUGCGGACCCACCUGAACUCUACCUUUUUGGAUCUGACGAAAGCCUUCGACACGGUGAAUCGCAAAUGACUGUGGGAAAUCAUGUAGAAAUUUAGCUGUCCUGAACGAUUCGUUGGGAUGGUGUGUCUGUUCCACGAUGGCAUGAUGACGCGAGUCACGGACAAUGGAAUAAAGCAGGGGUGCGUCCUAGCGCCCACCCUCUUCAGUUUCAUUUUCGCUGCCAUGCUGAUGGAUGACUACCGUGACCAACGCUCUGGAAUCCGCACCGCCUACAGGACGGACGGCCACCUCCUCAACCACCUGAGUAUGCAAUUCCAGUCGCAUGUAUCCACAACUACCGUUCAUGGACUCCACUUGCCGACGACUGCACCCACAACAGCCCCUCGGAAGGGAACAUGCAAAGGUGCAUUAAUCUCGUCACCGCCUCCUGCGACAACUUCGCCCUGGUCAUCGACACGGAGAGGACGAUGGUCACGCAUCAACCACCAGCCGACGCUGCCUACGUCACAUCCCAAAUCAACGUGAACGUCGCCCAAAUGCGAGUCGUGGACACCGUAACCUAGCUGGGCAGCACUCUCUCCCGUAACACUAAAAUCGACGAUGAAGUAGUUCAUCGGAUUUCCAAAGCCAGCCAAGCUUUAGACCGUCUACAGAACACCGUCUGGAACCCUCAUGGUCCCCAUGUCAACAUCAAGCUGAAGAUUUACCGGGCAGUCAUUCUUCUGACGCUGCUGCAUGGAACAGACUCCUGGACGGUCUACAAGAAACAAGCGCGGAAACUCAGUCUUUUCCACCUCAGCUGUCUUCGGCAGAUAGUGAAGCUGAGGUGGCAAGUCCGGAUCCUCGACACGGAUGUACUGGAAAAAACGGGAAUACUCAGCAUCGAGACCAUGCUUAGACAACUGCAACUGCGUUGGAGCGACCACCUCGUACGGAUGGACGACGAGCGGCUACCCAAACGACUCUUCAUCGGGGAUGUCGCAACGGGUUCCCGCCACCGAGGAGGCCAAAUCCGUCACUACAAGGACACUCUAAAGACUUCCCUAAAGCGUCUGCAGAUCAAUCCGGCCAACUGGGAAGACCUCGCUUGA